GAUAAGGUCGUAGCGCAGGGAUUCCGGUUAGAUCAAGUUAGUUAUGGGACCUUGAUCAAUGGGUUAUGUAAACUUGGACAAACAAGAACAGCCCUACAACUGCUGAGACGAGUUGAUGAGAAACUGCUUCAACCUACUGUGGUCGGUUAAAAGAAGCAAUUCAUUUGUUUAAUAAAAUGGUAUCGGAAAACAUCAACCAUAAUAUUUAUACCUUCACUACGUUGGUUGAUGGAUUUUGUAAGGAAGGAAAAGUGAAAGAAGCUAAAAAUAUGUUUGCUAUGAUGAUGAGAAAAGGUGUUAAACCUGAUGUUGUUACUUAUAACUCUUUAAUGGAUGGAUAUUGCUUAGUUAAAGAAAUUAACAAGGCCAAUGGUAUAUUCAACACUAUGGCUCAGAUGGGAGUGGCUCCUGAUGGUCAUAGCUACAAUAUCAUGAUUAAUGGAUUUUGUAAGAUUAAAAUGGUAGAUGAAGCCAUCAAUCUCUUCAAUGAAAUGCAUUGCAGAAAAAUUAUACCUGAUGUGGUAACUUACAAUUCCCUUAUUGAUGGUUUGUGCAAAUCAGGAAGAAUCGCAUAUGCUUUGGAGCUUGUCAAUGAGAUGCAUGAUAGAGGUCAACCACCUGAUAUAAUUACUUAUUGUUCUAUAUUAGAUGCUUUAUGCAAAAAUCACCAUGUUGACAAGGCAAUUGCUUUAUUAACAAAAAUUAAAGAUAUGGGUAUUCAACCAAACAUGUGCACAUAUAAUAUUCUUAUUGAUGGAUUGUGUAAAGGUGGAAGAUUGAAUGACGCUCAAAAGGUUUUUGAGGAUCUUCUGGUCAAAGGCUACAAUCUUGAUGUCUAUACAUAUACUGCUAUGAUCCAUGGGUUUUGUAACGAUGGGUUGCUUGAUGAAGCAUUGGCCAUACUAUCAAAAAUGAAAGACAAUAGUUGCAUUCCAAAUGCCGCAACGUAUGAAAUUAUUAUCCGUUCUCUAUUUGAUCAAGAUGAAAAUGAUAAGGCAGAGAAACUUCUUCGUGAAAUGAUUUCAAGAGGUCUGUUGUAAGACUAAAACUAGGUAUUAUGAUAUUUAUGUUUCAACAUUGUUUCAUCAUUUCAUUUAUGUAGUUGCUUCACUCAAUGGAAAUAAGGCUUUUGUCAUUUCUUUUGGAUAAGUGUGUUUAGGGAAAUUGGUAGGACUUGAAAAUUAUUGAUGUCAUAAGAGUGUUGUUGGGUUCAGUUUGUACUAAUUGUAUUACACUUGCUCUAGCUGAAA